AUGACAGAACCAACCACAGACAGCAUCAAAACAACACCACAAAAACCCAACUUUCACUAUGCGUUUGCAAUCACCAACGUGAAAUCGAUCAUCCCGAUCACGUUGGACAAUGAUUCAAGCAUAUACCUCUCAUGGUCCGCUCUAUUUCAAGUUCAAGCCCGUGUCCAUAAUGUACUUGAUCAUAUUAUUCCUCCAACCGAUGAAAAAGAUCAGCAAACGGCAGAACAAACAAAGAACAACGAUCCCAACCUCUGGAACCGCCUCGACGCAGUAGUUUUGCAGUGGAUGUACGCUACUGUCACCCAGGACAUUCUCAGUUCCAUUCUUGUAAUCAAUGACACUGCUGAAAACUGUUGGAUGCGAAUUGCUGCUAUGUUUAGAGAUAACAAGCAUUCGAGAGCCGUCCACCUCGAACAUCAAUUCGCCAACACAAAUUUGGAAGACUUCCCAUCUACCAAAGCCUAUUGCAAUCGCCUCAAAUUACUCGUCGAUCAACUUGAUAAUGUUGAUUCUCCCGUGAACAACACUCGUCUUGUAUUAAAGAUGAUUUCUGGACUCACUGAUUCAUAUGUAGGUUUCCUCACGUAUAUUCAGCAACACGACCCGCUGCCGCAAUUUGAAACGGCGAAAUCUCGGUUGGAAUUGGAAGAAUCAACCAUGGCCCAACGCAUUGCACGAGAAUCCAGUAACACAUCAUCUCCGGCUAUUGAAAGAGAGAAAGAGAGAGUGGAGCAUAACCGUUUUGUAACUGAUUCUUCUGUUUGUUAUUGA